CCGAAACCGAACGAUUUUGGAUCUGAGACCAAGCAAAGCUCAACUCAAACUCCAUAUCAAGACGAUGACCCGCAUUCACCUGCGCUUCGGCCGCAUUCGUGAUUGAAGUCUGUUCAACUUGAAUCGCUUGCCCGACCAUCCCAUUUGAAUUUCAAUUGCGAUCGAGCGACCUAGUGGUGCGCUGCCGGCCGGCCGGCCUCGCGAUACCGUGCAAGUGGUUGUGCUCAGCUCACAUCACGAGCAAAAGGAGCAUCAGCCAUCGUGCAGUCACGAACGAAUAUACACAGCAAAUGCUAGCUUGCUUGAGCCACAAGCAAACAGGUGAUUCGACGGCGCUUCGAGCACUUACGCCUGGUCGCAAGUCAGAUCUAGAGUCUCGCACUUUACCAGCGAGCUGCUCUUCCCGCUUUGGCCCGAAUGUGCGGGGAAAUGUCAACAUCGCGCAAUCAGCAAGAGCAGUCAAGAGGGUAACAGUCGGCACAAGUACAUCCACCCACACUCCCGUGGAAGCUACAGCAUCCAGCCAGACGAUAAGACGAGAAUCGCACAGCAUCGAGCGGCCAGAUCUGCGGACCUCUUUAGCGCGCGUGCGCUGUAGAUACGUCUCAUCCCCACAGGGUGCAGCUGGAGAGCGCGAGGAGCGAGGAGCGAGGAGCGAGGAAGAAUCUCCGAAUCAGCGGGCAAAUCAAGCACCUUUCGCCGAACACACACAGUGAGAAGCAUCGCACCACGCUCUUGCCUCCCUCCCUCCAUCUUUGCCACUGGUCCAUCCUUCAAAGGCACUUGAUUGUGAAAACUCGCCGCGCGCCCUUCAUUCUAGAAGCCCGUGAUCUCGCAUUGCCCAGCCACUCUCACUAGGAGGACCCGCUCCAUCUACACCCUCGGCAUUGCACGUAGCAACGACCUCGACAACGAGAGUGGAGCACAUCCUCUCACACCCGCCUCCGAGCUGAGACCCCGGGCGAU